UGACUUGUAGAAGAUAUUAUUUUCCUCGUACAAAUGAGCAGUUAAAACAAAAGGUACUUCUACUGUUUAUUCUAUUAUUUCUUUGGUGGGUUUCUGUUUGUUUUGAUUCUUGUAUUUUGCCGUCAAACACUGGGCACACAGGAGAUUUCAAACCAGCAGCUUCUUCUAUGUUUUCUCUUCUGUUUUUUCACCCCAAGAGGCCUGAUCUUCCUGGAGAUGGCUCACCUGCCUCACAGACGCCAUGGCAACUCUCCCCAAAGGCGUGCCACCCUGUUGCCACUGGUUGCCAAGUGGAGAGUACAGCUGGCACUGGAGGCCAUGUCAUCCGAGACUGGUUCAAAUCCCACAACAACAGCAGAGGAGCCGAGCCUCCCAGCAGAACACCUCUGCAGUACUGGAUUCUGUGAGAUGGAAAAGGAGUCAAACCGGUCCUGCAAGGGAAAGACCAGAGUGGUCUCUCCUUCAUCUGGGAAACCUGGAAAAGAUGUAUCAGCUUUAUUGAAGAGAAUAAGGAUUCACCCAGAGGCCCAAAGGAUUCUGGGUAACUCCUGCAUACCUGUAGUGAGCUUGGAGCGUCUGAACUUCCGGUCCGUGUGCUUCUCAUCUCUGCAGCCGGUUGUUUCUCUGGUACGACUGCCCUGCCAAACACAAGUCAAGUUACACAAUGACGCUUCCUGUUUGGAUCUUCCUCCGCUGGUACAGAAUGGAUUCAGUCAUCAUGAGGCAAACAUUUUGGAGGUGUCGCCUCAGUCUGAUCUCAGUCAACCAGAACCUUCACCAACAUCGUGGACUGAACCGUACUGUCCUGACAGCUCCCCUUCCGAGGAACCGGAGCAGGACUCAGGCUUCGACUGUGACUCUAAUCCAGAUCAGCCGUACAUCCUGUUCGAUCAUGGAUCCGAUGAAUGGGACCCGGAUGGGAAAACGGAUUCAGAAACAUUUUAUUUGGAUCCGGAUCGUGAGCAGACAUUGGUGAUCGAACUGGAUCCAGAACCGGAAGCAGAUCGGGAUGAAACCCUGGAGGUGGAGGAUGAAGUAGUUCAAAUGGACGAUAGUGAAGAUCAAAGACCUGAUCUUUGCAGCUCACAGGAGGAGGAGGAAGAGGAGGAGGACUCAUCCACGCAGAAACCUGGACCUGGAUCAGGGCCUGAGGAGAUGGAGAGUGAAGAUUUUUGUGCUGUGUGUCUGAACGGAGGAGAUCUGCUCUGCUGCGACCGCUGCCCUAAAGUUUAUCACUUGGACUGUCACAUACCUCCACUCACCAACUUCCCACUAGGUGACUGGGUUUGUACGCUGUGCAGAACUGACCAUGAACCUGUGGAGACCUACGACUGUGAGAACAAGCACUCCUGCGGGGGAGUCAAAGCUCCGUACACAAUGACCAACCAGGACCAGAGGAGGUGUGAGAAGCUGACUCUGCUGUUGUACCGUCACACGCUCAGCGCUCCGUUCCAUGAGCCUGUCAGCACCCUGGCCCGAAACUACUACCAGAUCAUCAAGAGGCCCAUCGACCUGUCGGUGAUCCGCAGGAAACUGGACAAGAGCAACACGCUCCACUACUUCACCGCCGAGCAGUUUGUGGAUGACGUCCUGCUGAUGUUCAAGAACUGCGCUACGUUCAAUUACCCAGACUCAGAGGUGGCCCAGGCCGGUCGAAGCCUGGAGCUGUUUUUCUUGAGCAAACUGAAGGAGAUUUUUCCCGAGCGGACGUUCCCGAUGGCCAGCCAGGACCGAACGGACAGCGCUCGCCUCCGGUGGCUGAGCAGGAAGAGGAAGGAGAACCACAGGAAGAGGAGAUUCGUCUUUAGUGGGAAGGGAUAUUACCUGUAACUAGUUUAAUAAACAACACAUGUAGAGUUGUAUGUUGUUGCCUUAAAGCCCUUUUUUAUAGAUGGAGGAUUUUGAAAAAACUAGACAAUCCUUUUUGUACUUUUUACGUUUUCAUGAAGGAGAGCUCAUUAUGGGGAAAUCUUCAGGUUGAGUCUUUUUCACAUUUCAGGUCUUUUCACAGACUUUCAGGUGGAAACUUUUUUUUUUUUUUUUUUUUUUUAAAGGGAUUGAUAACGUUAGAAUGAAAUCCAUAAAAUGCAAAUGAAUCACAUUAUUUUUGAUCUUCUGAAAGAUGUAGAGCAGGAAGUCACAAUAUUAAAUAUCAACUUUUAGAAAGGUUAAUCUAUUUUUUAAUUGUACUGUAUGUUUUUUACUUUGUGUGAUGGCUUAGAUUGUGCUUCAGUACAACUCUAAGUGAUGUAUAUAAUACAUGGUCAUAUAAACAUUGAGGAAACCUGGUUUUCCACUCUUUCAUAAUAUUGCUAACUGUAAU